AUGUUUAGGGAUGCACCAGUUUCAGUCAUGGCUGAUCACCCAGUCCGACUAUCAGAUCUAUGCUUUUGGUUUGAAGGAGCUGCACGAAUGACACCCUCAACGAACAAUGGACUCGAAAGUCUUAAUGCACGUAUUAAACAAGAGUACACGAUGAGACAUGAGUUACCUUUGGGUGUCUUUAUGUCAACUGCUGAACGGAUGCUACGAGACUGGUCAAUUUCUGUUCUGGAGCAUCCAUUUCAAACACAUAUCACUCUUGAUGAUAAAAUUGAUUCAAAAGCUUAUGAAUGGUUACAAAAAGUUGAUUAA